CAGUUUCUGCUGAGUCUUGUUGUGUUGCCGCGGUGCAUUCUGGGAGUAGUCGAACGAUUCAAGAUGUCGGCGACCAGGAGACUUUGCAAGGAGCUUGAAGAUAUUCGUUCAUCUGGAAUGAAAAACUUCCGGAACAUUCAAGUCGAUGAAUCGAAUAUACUGACAUGGCAAGGCCUCAUUGUUCCAGAUAACCCUCCAUAUGACAAAGGGGCGUUCAGGAUCGAGAUUAUUUUCCCUGCAGAGUACCCUUUUAAACCCCCGAAGAUCACGUUCAAGACGAAGAUCUACCACCCCAACAUUGACGAGAAAGGGCAGGUCUGUCUGCCUGUGAUUAGUGCAGAGAACUGGAAGCCAGCCACCAAAACUGACCAAGUUAUUCAGUCACUCAUCGCGCUGGUGAACGACCCACAGCCAGAACAUCCCCUGAGGGCCGACUUGGCAGAAGAAUACUCAAAGGACCGUAAAAAAUUCUUUAAGAACGCGGAAGAUUUUACAAAGAAACACGGAGAAAAGCGGCCAGUGGACUAAUGGCACCUGACAAUCGAGCUGGAGAAUCGCACCGCCGCCGCUGCAGCCUCCGUCGUAAAUCGGGACUCCAUGUGGAUCCAUCACCAGUCUCUCUACCUGGUGUUAGCUUGAAGCCUUUAGGAAAAUUUUGGAUUUUUUUUUUUUAUUAUUAUUAUUUUCUGUUUUUUUAAAAAAGUUUGUUCAGGAAAUGUAAUCAAGAAAUUCUAACUUGGUGUCUCACUAUUGAGUGCUGUGUGAUGCUGUUCUGAGUGAAAUGAUCUUCACAUCAAUAUGCACUUCUUAAUCUCUUUAAAGUUUAACGGCUUAUUCGAAAAGGAAUUCUGCAAAAAAUAUGUUAAAUAUAAAUUUUCUUGUGGACUGUUUUGUUGUAUCUAAUUCACAUGUUUAUGUUCUAUGAUUUUUUCCUUUCAACAAAAAAAACACCCAUGCAUACACAACCCAAAAUAUUUAAACCAAUGAACGAGGUGAUGUAGGUGACACACCUUGAUCCCAGAGGAGUGUGCUGAUAAUUUUAAUCUGAUUUUUUUUCCCCCCCUCUGUCACUCAUCGAGUUGCACUGUGUUUUGUGUGACAGCGUCCUACCUGCUCUGACCAUACCAUAGAUUUGCAAAUGCACUGAUUAGUCAACAACAAAACCUAGACACUGAUAUUGUUCUUAUCAUAUACGUCCCCACAAGUGAAGAAAGGAAGGAAUACAAUUCUUGUGAAUGAAAGUUUUAUGGGGAUGUCUGUCUAAUUUUUAAAAAGAUCCUUUAGUUUAAAAGUUUCACAGAGAGCUCUUGUGUUUUGUUCAUUGUUUGGGUUUAGGGUGUGUGUGUCUGUGUGCGCGCGCACAUGUGUUAUAUAUAUUAAAAAAAAAAAAUUAGGAAAUGGUGCCUCCAGCCUGAAAGCAUUUAUUUUUGUUUAUUCUGAAUAAAGAUUAGUCGGCACCGCUUUAGAAUCGUAUCGACAUUAUCAGCCUGUUGUGAUUAAUCUCUCCUUUCACAUUUCUAGCCAAGAUACUUUCGUGAAGUAGAUGUUGUUAAGGUGUGCUUUGGCACUUUUCUAUUUGUAGAGGCCUAUAAUGAAAAAUAUUGGUGGUUGAUGUGUUUGGAAAUAUAGUCUCUUGUCACUUAACCCCCUUCAUAGAGUAAUAUCAGCGAUAUGAAGAUAUUCUUUUACAGUCAUUAUAUAUUUUGCGUGUGGAAAUAGAAUAAACUGGCACAGUCAUGGGAAUGACAUAUACUCAAGUAGCGGCUGACUCUGAUUGGUCACUCUGAGUGUGCUGACUCUCUGAUUGGUCAAUGGUUUCCUAAUAAAUCCAGCUAACUAACAA